AUGGACUUCAUUUCUGGACUACCUAGGACCCUGAAGAGUUAUACAGUGAUAUGGGUUGUUGUUGACAGAUUCACGAAGUCAGCACACUUCAUUCCAAGGAAGUCCACUUAUACUACCACUUAUCAUUUGGCCUUGCCUCCGCAAUUAUCUGCAGUUCAUGAUGUGUUUCAUGUCUCCAUGCUGAGGAAGUAUGUGGCAGAUCCCUCACAUAUAGUCGACUACAAACCGUUGCAAAUUAACGACAACUUAAGCUAUGAGGAGCGGCCAGUUGAGAUUUUGGCUAAGGAAGUUAAACUGCUUUGUAACAGAGGAAUUACAUUGGUCAAGGUUUUGUGGCGAAACCACGAGGUUGAGGAAGCUACUUGA